AAUGUUUGUAGGGGUGAAGUACUUAGGGGUCGUGUUCAAGCCAGGCAGUCAUCAUCACCUAUCGAUCUGCCUGAGACACUCCGUCGUUUUGUAAAAAAGGGCCUGCGGCCCACAGAAGGCCUCCUCCGACAGUCCCCUGCCACCACCGCCAUGUCUCACCGCACCAUCCACCUUUUCAACAAAGGCUUGCGUCUCCAUGACAACCCCACCCUGGUGGCGGCCUUGGAGUCGUCGUCGGCCGUGUACCCCGUGUUCGUGCUGGACCGCCACUUCGUGGAGAGGAGCACGCGCAUCGGGCCGCUGCGCUGGCGCUUCAUCUUGCAGAGCCUGGAGGACCUCCACCGCAGCCUGCAGAGGCUCGGCUCCCGUCUCCACGUCCUCCAGGGCGCCCACGAGAGCGUGCUGCGGCGCCUGGUGGCCCGGUGGGGCAUCACCCAGCUCAGCCUCGACGCCGAGGUGGAGCCCCACUACAAGAGGCUGGACGAGGAGCUGCGCGCCAUGGCCAGCGAGCUGGGUCUUGGGGUGCUCAGCUGUGUGGCACAUACCCUGUAUGAUGUGAAGAGGAUAAUCACAGCUAAUGGCGGGCAGCCACCACUGACCUAUAAGAAGUUCCUCCAGGUCUUGUCCGUUCUGGGGGAGCCAGACAUGCCUGCACGUGAAAUCACAGAAAUGGAUUUCCGGAAGUGCCCUAUGCCCAGCGAUGAAGGGGGCGAAGAGCAGUACCGGGUGCCCUCCCUCUCUGAGCUCGGCUUGGAGGUGGACAGCGAGGUGCUGUGGCCGGGCGGGGAGAGCCAUGCCCUGGAAAGGCUGGAGAGGCACUUCCAGAGUCAGGGCUGGGUGGCCAACUUCUCCAAGCCGCGCACCAUCCCCAACUCCCUGCUGCCCAGCACCACCGGCCUCAGCCCCUACCUCAGCCUGGGCUGCCUCUCCGUACGCACCUUCUACCACAGACUCUCCAAGAUCUAUGCACAGUCGAAGAACCACUCCUUGCCUCCAGUAUCACUGCAAGGCCAGGUGCUCUGGAGGGAGUUCUUCUACACUGUCGCCUUGGCCACCCCCAAUUUCACGCGGAUGGUGGGAAACCCCAUCUGCCUGCAGAUCGGCUGGUAUGAAGACCCGGAAGCCUUAGAAAAGUGGAAAAUGGCUCAAACGGGCUUCCCCUGGAUCGACGCCAUCAUGACCCAGCUGCGGCAGGAGGGCUGGAUCCACCACCUAGCCCGGCACGCUGUGGCCUGCUUCCUGACCCGAGGAGACCUGUGGAUCAACUGGGAGGAGGGCAUGAAGUUGUUUGAGGAGUUCCUGCUGGAUGCUGACUACAGUAUAAACGCGGGAAACUGGAUGUGGCUGUCUGCCAGUGCCUUUUUCCACCAGUACACACGCAUCUUCUGCCCUGUCCGCUUUGGCCGACGGACUGACCCGGAUGGACACUACCUCAGGAAGUACUUGCCUGUACUGAAAAACUUCCCAUCUAAAUACAUCUAUGAGCCUUGGAAUGCUCCGGAAGAUGUGCAGCUCCAGGCAGGAUGCAUCAUUGGUAAGGACUACCCACUGCCCAUUGUGAACCACCUGGAUGCCAGCCAGAGGAACAUGGCUCUGAUGAAAACAGUGCGCACUGAACAAGCAAACACCACUGAGCUCACCAGAGACAUGGCAGAUGAUCCUAUGGAGGUAGGGGUGAAGCGAGAGCUGUCGGAGGACGACGCCGUCGCCCAGGGAGACGAAACGGAAUGUAAAGGCGGCGUCUCCGCGGGGAAGAAGCGCUGCAGCUCGGAGAACGAGGGCCGCACGUGCAGCUGGACCCCCGACGCCCACCGCCUGCAGGAGAUCAGCAGCGAGGUCAUGUAGAGGUCGUGUAGUGGCGGCGGCGGUCCCCUGCACCACACACACACCAUGGACACCCUCAUCCCCUCCCCCAGAACGACCCACUCACUACCAGACACUAAACCAGUGCUUUGGCUCAGACUGUUUUUUUAUUGUUCCUUCCAUUUGUUAUGCUCGACCCACCACAUCAGUUCAGCAUAACGCUGACUGGCAUUUGUUGGCUGAUCUGCAUGUGGUUCAAGGUGUCCUCCUUCCACAACCUGUGCACAUGUGUGCUGGGGACUUGGGGUGUCCUGGCACAAAUGUAUAGCUCUGCUGAAGAAGUUGGGUCUUUUCCUCCAGCUUGUAGUCGCUCUCUCUGACUUCUGAGCCAUGGCUCGUCCCGUCACAGGUCGACGCGUGUGUCCGCCAGACGCGCAGCGCUGACUGCACAUAUGCAUCAUGGGAAACCUUCACUCUCUUUCCCAUCCCAUUCCCAUCUCCCUGAUGCUCCGUAUCCACCUCUCCAUGUAAGCGUAGACCUCAGAGACUGGGUGCGUUUGAGACUUCAGUGCUGACGACGGAACAAGAACACAGACAGAAGCCCCGUCCUGUCAGAGAUAACUGGAUGAGACACUGUAAAAGGCCAGAUGGGAAGGGGGGUCCUGCUAAGGAGGAUUGGACAUGUUUUAAUUUGUCUGCAGAUGUGUCUGGCUACCUCCUGAAUUAGGGAUUAUUUAGCGGGUACUGUUUUGUUUUUGUUCUUCUUUUAACAGAGUGGGUGAGUUUGAAGAUUAAUAAGGCAUCCUUGCGUUUGGCUUUCAACACCUUACCAGGAUUAUGGCAAGCGCUGCACUCUCUCUGACCAACAGGUCACUCACCUGCCAUUCACUUGAUAAACUGUGUUUACAUUCAGGGGUCUCAAGGAACUGUUGAUUUUUUUUUUUUUUUUUUUUAAAUGCAGUUUGGUUCAAAUGUAGGAAUUUAAAAGGCUGCACUGAAAUGCAAUGAAAGCUACUCUUGUAGGUGUUGUGUAGCCAGUGGAUUUUAGCUUUUUGAAUUUCUUUGAUGACCUCAUAGGAUUCUAAUCCACAAAAAUCCUAGAGACUCAGGUCCUAGGUUUUCUGUGUCCGGUAGCAGGAGGAACCGUCACGGGUAUUACAACUUGACCAAACAAAUGCUUCAUGACAAGAUCACAUGCUUACUGUACCAUUUACUUAUGCAAUGAGCAGUGCUUCCCAAUGCUGUCCGGUUGCUUUGUGACAUUUCCAUCGUAGUAAUUUGGACAUACAAAUGGUCUCUUAUGUACGUAUGCUAUAUUUACACUAUCUGACUAUUUUGUGACAUUGUUAAGUUUAUCAGCGUUCUCUGCCUUUAUACGUGACUAAGUAUACUGUACAUGACUGACCUGUAUUGUAUUGUUUACCUAUAAAGUGGGCACGUGUUGUGACAUUUUGUAAGUGAUGUUGAGCCCAAAACGGGUACAUACCCUGAUCAGAGUCACUUAUCAGAGUUGGUGAAAACUAUUACAAUAGUAUUUAAGAUAAUGCAAAGCUUUAAAAGUCUGUCUAAUGCAUUUGAGUUUUCUGAUCAUUGCAUGAGAUCCCUUUGGGAUGACACACAACUUCCCCCAUCUGUAAUACUGCUGUUGUAGAACCUCCAUGCUUUUGAAUUUCAAUCAGAUAAUCAACGUAAUCUGCUUUCAUGCUCUGGAAUGCCCAUCUGAUAAUCAGAAUGCCUGCACAGCUACUGCAUUGACCUGAGCUAACUGAGCCUAUCUUCAUAUGGCAAUGUGCUGGCAACAUUUCUUAGACCUCCAGCUGAUUAAACUGUAUUUUGUGUGUAGCUUACUGGGCAAAUUACCCUGUCAUUACCCAGGCUGAAAUUCCCUCCUCCUAGUGAAAGAUUGUGAGGGAGAGUUGUCACUUUAGACAAGGCCACCCCCUUUCACAGGUCAUCGGUAUCAACAUCACAGAAUAGGACUUCCAGCAUUGCCGUCCUUUGCAGUGCAGGCAUUUAUCAUAAUAAAAAUCA